AUGAGGCAACAACAUAUUACUUUUCCUGUUGUCAGUUUUGAUGUUGGAACUUCUAUUUUGCCUGCUUUAAGUGGAAAGUUCGACAUGAUGAAGAUGAGGGAACUUAUCACACAUUGGGUGCUUAUGCAUGAGCAUCCAUUUUCAGUUAUGGAGGAAGAUGGCUUGAACAACAUGAUGAAGUAUAGGAUUCUCGAAUGGAGUCUGGUUUCCUGUCAUACCUGUAAAAAUGUUUGUAUAAAGGUAUAUGAAAGUGAGAAAGUGAAGUUGAAGACGUUGUUGAAGAAUGUGACAAAUAUUAGUUUGACUACAGAUUUAUGGAAUUCCGGCAAUCAGAAGAUGAAGUAUGUGGUGCUCACUGGGCAUUUGAUAGAUGGUAAUUGGAGGAUGAAUAGACAUGUCUUGAACUUUGUUCAUUUACCUCCUCCUCGUAUCGGUGUUGCAAUUGCUGAUUCCAUUUCCAAGUACCUAAUGGAAUGGGGGAUUGAAAAUAAGGUGUACACUAUCUUAGUGGAUAACGAGUAA